CUUGACAUGCGCAGUUGUUCAAAACAAGCAAACGCCAUUUUUUGAUGAUGUGAAUUGUUUAGGAUAAAUUUACUACAAAAUGGCAUCUUUUCCUGAAAGCUUUUGGGGAGGGAAGAACAAUGGUUUCUAUGUUCUGUAUCAUAACAUGAAACAUGGCCAGACCUCCUCAAAAGAUCUCAUGGACUUUCUCCGGGAAAGUUGUCAGGUGGAAGAAACAUACAGCAAACUACUCACUAAGCUAGCCAAGGUGGCUGCCAACAACUCGCAAGUUGGCACAUUUGCUCCAUUCUGGACUGUGUUGAAGACUUUAUCAGAGAAGUUGGCUAGCUUACACAUGCAGCUGGUUCACACUUGGUCUGAUCUGAUGAAGGACAUCGUCCGAUAUAACGAUGAGCAGCACAAGAAACACAAAUCUAUGAAGGAGGGUGAGGCAAGCACCCUGGAGGUUGUACAGUCUAUACAGAAUACCACCACAGCUCUGCACAAGGCAAAAGAAAUAUAUCAUACACGAUGUUUGGAGCUGGAGCGGUUGAAAAGAGAAAGUGCUUCGCCAAAAGAUAUAGAAAAGUCAGAAACAAAGUACAAAAAAGCAAAGGAAGAAUAUAAGAACCUUGUAGAUAAGUAUGCAACAAUACGAGAAGAUUUCCAGACAAAAAUGGUGGGCUCGUGCACGCGCUUCCAAGAGCUAGAAGAGGAACACAUUUGUCAGAUGAAAGACUUUGUGGACACAUAUGCACGUGCUCUGCGGAACGAACAUGCAUGCUUCGGACAGGCCCAGGAAGAGUUACGAGCGAGCUGUGAUAGUCUCAGUGUUCAAAAACUUCUAACAACAUUUAUAGAGGCCAAGUCAACAGGGAUAGAGAAGCCAGGCCCCCUGGAGUUUGUGGAGCCUGACCUGUCCAGUCUACCUGCCCCACGCCCCAUGUCCCCUGAGGCCACGCCCAAUGACAAACGAGACAGUCUCUCCGAGAAGAAUAGGGCAGAUUCCGCUAUAUUUACGGACUCGAGCGGUAGUACCAGUUCCAUUCCCUCCGAUCAACCGGGACCGCUGAGUCGUAGCGUGAAACUCCGGGUGUCUAGAACAUGGUUUUUAAAGAAGAGAAGAAAGAAGGCAAAGAAGAAUAAAGAAGAUAAAGACUCAGAAUCUAUAGACACACAGGAGAGUGGUGACAGUAAAAAUGCGCCGGAGGUUGACGAAGAGGGAUACACUAUACGACCCGCCAGCCCUGACUUGAAUCCGGAAAAUGGGGACAGCAAGAGUUGGUAUGACUCCUCAGACUCGGAUUCUGACCAAGACUCUGACAUGAAGAUAAAAGUGAACAUCAAGCCCUUGAGCCCAAGUGGUGUCCAGGCAACUGCAGCAAAUGUGGACGAUAUACGGACAUCUGUGGGCAUGCUUCGUCUCUCACCCACACUAGGGAAGAAAGGCAGAAAUACCCCUGUAGAUAAAAAGAUGAUGAAGCGAUCACAGUCAGAGUCGGACACAUUGGAUGUGUCAUCAAGCAAACCGAGCAACAGUCACCUGUUAAACCUGGACAACUUGUUCUCCUCGAGCGCGUCCACUCCCACAGGCGGGUACCAAUUGCCCUCUCCUCUCUCCCCAUUCUCCGAUGGUACUACCAACAACAUUGACUUCAGUGCAGCAACAACUUUACCUCAGUCUAAUGCCAAAGCAAAUGACCUCUUAAACCAGUCAAGCAGCAGCGAAAUGGGCAUUAACUCUGCUAGUCAGCCAGUGGAGAAUGGAGUUGUUCCCCCUGUUCCUCAGAGACCUCCAUCCAGGGGUGCACCUCUGGUACCAGCACGCCCUUCAGGAAGGAAUAGUCCAUUCAGCCUAAACAGGGUGGACUCAGGAAGCACCGUUCAGUGGAACACAACCUCCAUGCCCGUGGGCUCUUCUCGUGGACCGAGCCCCCUUACAAUCGGGAUGGCCGACACUGUCCCCUUGGCUGUGGCCUUCACUGAAACUGUUAAUGCUUACUUUAAAGGAACUGAUGCUACCAAAUGUUCGGUGAAAAUAACGGGAAAUUUGAUGAUGUCAUUUCCUGCUGGGGUUGUCCGCGUAUUUAUGGACAAUCCCAACCCGGCACCACUUAGUUUUAGACUGAAAAACUUUGCCUGUCUAGAACAAGUGAUGCUGAAUAAGGAAUUGGUAACACAGAAUUCUAGUCAGGCAAUAGAUGAGAAUCCAGUGUACACGUUUGACAUGGCAGCACUCAGUGACCACCUGAGACAUCAGGGAGAGGUGAAUAAGACGGCCUCAUACUUCAACAUUGACAUACUCAAGUACCAGAUUAAGGUCCAGCCUGGGGUAGAGAGCACGCCCUUACCAGUGUGCGUGUACUGGAAAUGUGAUGAGAAAGUGACAGACUACCGCCUCGAUUACCGAUUCAACGCCCCAGCCCUCACAUCGGGGGCGACACUGAAGAACAUCUCUGUGACCGUGAUAGUGGACGGUGGUGUCUCCAGCAUGCAGAGUCUACCAGAGGGUGUCUGGAACAAUGAGACAAAGCGAGCAACCUGGCGUUUGAACGACAUAUCAGAGGUCAGCGAGAAUUGUUCCCAGGGAUCUAUACGAGCCAAAUUCAACCUCGAGGAUGGCAAGUCCACCCCCUCGACCACUGCCUUACAGUUUAUAGCAGAGAGUGCCACUAUGUCGGGGGUGGAGUUUGAGCUGGUUGGGACGGGCUACAGGAUUUCCCUUUCCAAGAAGAGAUGCGGGGCAGGCAAGUAUUUAGCAGACCCAGAUCAGGUAGUGAAGUAUGUAUGAGAGAACGAACCAGUCCACUUUUCCAGAGCUGUGAACCAUUCCAGGUCUACUAUACUGAUCUCCAAUCAGAUUCCAUCUUACAUUGAUCCUAACGAAUGAGUGAUCUUGUUACAAGUGCUACAUUGAUACCACAUGUGUCCAGUGAAAAAUCUUGUUACAAAUAGUACAUUGAUCCUAACCAAUGAGAAUCCUUGUUACAAGACACAAAUGCUAGAAUGUGCUACAGGCAUAUUGAGCUACCCACCUAGGAGGCAUAAAUGUUGUGAAAUUAUUUAUGCCAUUUGUACUUGCCAUUAUCAUAAAAAUCAUGGGACCAGUUUUUAAAUUCUUUAUAGUGAAAAAAUAUUUUGACUGCGUCUUCGAGUGCUGAUCAUUGUAAAAUCAAAAACAUUGUAUGAUUUUUUAUGGAAGUUAUCUCAUUGAUUGUAUUUCAGCACAGUAAGUUAGUAGUAAGGGAUAUUCCAUUUAAACAUAUAACCCCCCGGGGGAAGGCACUUUUAAAAUAUACCGACCCCCUACAGAAGCAAAUUUACCCUUUCGGGGUCCAAAUUAGCAAAAAAAGACACCCACCCAUAUAUUAAGAAAAUAAUUGCCUCCCCCUUACCCCAUGGGUUAUAUGUUUUACUGGAACAGCACUAAGAAAGAAUGUUUGAUGUCUCUAUGUUUAUUGGCAUUGCUUAAAUACAAGCUAAGGUUGUUGAUUUUUUUUCUGGACAUGAAAAAAGACUGGUAAUGAUAUCCAUUUGCUCAAUGGAAAUGCAUGCUGUUUCCUUUAAACAAAAAUAGGGUUGUAUAAAGCUUGGCACAUUGCUUUGCUGAUUUUAUGUUAACUAGCGCCAUGUUAAUUGACUUGCGUAAAUAUGUUGUAAUGGUGUUGGAUUGGAAGAUUAUGGUUUCUGAAACUGUUAAUGUGUGUUACACCUGUGGCCAUUAAACUGCUGACAAUUGACAUUCAGUUGAAAGAGUAUGGAAGUACUACACAGUGUUAUUGUCUGCCUUUGUUUAGAUCAUUUUACAAAACGGGAGCGGAUUUCAUAAAACUUCUGAAGUCAUUUCCUAACUUAAGUCAAUUUCUUAAAAUGUUCAUAGUCAAAUGAAAAGAAAUGUAUGAGGUGUUUUUGACACUUAGAUCAAAAGAAAUAAUGAAUGUUGGAAAUUCUGUAUUUUUUUAUUUCAUGUGAGCAAAAGAAUUUUUUUUAGAAAAGUUAAUGGCUGAGCAAUUUUAUGAAUACUGCCCCUGAGGGAGUUUUUGUAAAAGAAUGUUCAGAAUAUAUAUAUAUGAUACAAAUAGUUAAGGAUGUCUGUUUACCUUUUUGUCCUCGGUUUUAUUGCCAUAAGAGUGUUUUUGUUGUCUGAAUGAUAUAUGGCAUGCGUUAGAAUGGAGAAAAGUAAUCAGGGGCUGCAUUUUAUACUGAUAUAUCUGCCAUAAAUAACAUUGUCCUUCAUAAGGAUUCAUGAACUUUGUUGAUAUUUUAGAGGGCCAUGUGCAAUAUUUCUCAAAGUUGUUGGCAAAAUUAUUCUUGUUCAAGAAUUUUAUGAAGAUAAUCCAGAGAUGUCAAUUAGGACUGCCUUGUCAAUUUACUAACAAAAUAUGGAAGACAGGUGAUAUGAGGAUGCUAUAUGUAUAAUCAUAUCCAGCUUAGUUUUCAAAAGUAAACAAAUAAAAUAAUAUAUCAUCUUAAAACUGCACUCUCACAGAUUGACCGUUUUGACAACUUUUUUUUUUUUUUUUUUUGUCCUGGAAUGACAUUUGAAUGAAUUUUUAUAAAUAUCUGAAAACUAGUCAUAUUAAACUGCUAAUUAAGGAUCAGAUCACAGUUUUUUAUAUUUACGAUCAAAAAUUCAUGUUUGAUGCUUUACGAAAAAUGAUUUUUUUUUAGCAGUUUUCAAAUCAAUUGAGAUCUGUUAUAUUGUGAGAUAUCUUAUAUGACUGAAUUGAAAAAAUUGAUGUCAAAAUCAGCUGAUUCUGAGACAAAAACAAACAAACAGUUGUCAAAUCAGUCAAUCUUUAAGAGUGCAGCUUUAAAAUAGCAAAUACAAGAUAAGCGUGUGGAUUUUAGUAAAUAUGAUGAAGUAGGCCUUAUUGACAUAAGAUGGAAACUUUCGGUUGUCAUUGUUAAGCUUUCUGUAAAACAUUGCAUGAUUUUACCAAUUUUAUUAUUUUAAUUAUCAUAUGUUGAUUUUAUGACCCAGAAUUUCAUCCUUGUUCAUUUACUUGUAUUGUCUUAACCUCUUACUGAUGGUAUAUAACUCGUAUGUUCAUACAUUUGUCCUUGCUUACUAUGCCUAUUCCUAUGACAUGUCAAUAAAUAAAUAACAAUAAGAUAAUGAUAAAUAAUAAAAAUAUCUAUUUAUUCAUACUACUAGUAUUAACUAUACAAUGUGUAUUCUGGAUUUCUCUUGACAGAGAGCUUUAUAUUUGUACCAUAUAUGUCCUUAAAGAUGCUUAGGGCAGACUUUUGUGGAUAUUUUUCUCUUACUCUGGGAUAUAAGAACGAAACAAAAAAUGUAGAACAUUUUGUAGUAUAACCAGAUUUCUAGGGCCAUUUGCAUGCUUGCUUGCUUUCAUAAUAUGUAAACCUGUACCUUAAUCGAGUGAACUACUAAAUGGUUACAGUACCUGACAUUUUAAAAAUGUUACUAACAAAGAAAUUAUUUUCAUAAUGAAUAUCCUGGGGCCUGUUUCAUUAAAGAUCCUAGUCAUCACAAAUUAUCUUAAAUCCAAAUAAAUGUCACAUAUUAAAGCUAUUGAAUUGUUUUAUUUUCUUUGUGUUCAUUUAUGAUACUGGGUAAAAUCUCAUUUCACGCAACUAAUCUUUUGAAACAGACCCCUUGGUCUUAAAAGGACCCCUAGCACAUCUUUAUGACAUAUAUGGUAUUUAAUAUUUUCUAUGUUUCUUCCUAUAUAUAUAUAUGGAUGGAUGGAUUUUUACCUGUACUCUCACCCACACUAUAUAUUCAGGUCUAUUAAAAUGCAUAAGGAUUAAUCAAAAUAAAUUUCCAUAUCAUUUAGGGCUAUUCCAUUUCAACAUAUAACCCACAGGGGGGAAGGCACUUCUAAAUUAUGCCACCCCCUAUAGAAGCAAAUUUGCCCUUUUGAGGUCUAAAUAAGCAAAACAGCUACCCAGCCAUAUUGUAUGAAAAUGAUGACCUCCCCCCAUUGGUUAUAUGUUUUACUGAAAUAGCCCUUAUUGUCACCAAAUAUUCUCUACUAGUUCUAUACUUCAGUCAUUUGUUUGCCAGAAAUAACAUACAUUUUGUUCCAAAUUGACAUUUUCUGUUGUAUUCUAGAAGGUUGUUUUUGUUUACAUUGUAAUCAAGCUGUGAUAUAACUUGAUUGAAAUUAUUUUUACAGCAGUCAAUUGUAUGGGUGAAAGUUAAGAAAUCGAAAAGUACUGAAACUUUUGCUGAGGGGUCAGGGGGCCUUCUGAAACUCCUGAAAUGAAGCUCUCUUAUAACACAAUACAAAGUCUCUCCUGAUAUUUGUUUAACAGUUUUAGAAACAAAGGUUAAAUAAAUUCCACAAAAGAUCAGCAAAUAUCAGGACAUAUGAAUUAGAGACUUUGCUCACUAAAAUUAGACUGAAUAUUCUGUCACAAGACAUAAAGCUUUCACCCAUGUUAUUAUAUAAAAUAUUGAAAAGUUGUCCACAGGUUCUCUUUUGGUUAAUUGACUCAAUAAAAUGGUUUGAUUGGUUAGCAGUUAUUAUUGGAUAUUUUUUUACCAAUCAAUUAACAUUUUUGAUAACUUUUGCUAUACUAAAAAUGUAACCAGUUUAAUACAAUUUGCUGCAGAUUGUUUUUAAGUGCUAAUUGGUUGAAUUGUUUUGUUUGUUAUUAUAUUUUCUAAUGGUUUCUUCUAUACUACAUUCCCGCAUUUUCAGGCUGUUUGAAAAUGGUGCAUGAAUCAGUCUUGAAAUAUAAAAAUUGUUGCUUAAAUAUGUACACUGCAUGUUUCUCCUGUUGAAGUUUUGCCCAUUUCAUUCAAUAUCUUAGUCACAAACUGAAAUAACCUUAGUGUCUUAUUUUUGUUUUUUUGCUACAGUCAAACCUCUAUUCAGUGGCCACCUUUGGGAAAAGGUCAAAGUGGCUGCUUAAGACAGGUGGCCACUUUAUCCAGGUGGAAUUUUUUGGCCACUAAAGCUUUGUUUUAACAGAGGUCUAUUAUGUAUCAUAACCACCUCUUUACACCACUAUCAUUAUCAUCAUCAUUAAAGAAGUUUAAAUACAAAUGGAGAAAAAAAAAUCCAAAAUUAUAAAUAGAAAGCUGAAGAUAAGCGUUAUAGCAAAAAAAUAUCACCAAAAAUCAACAAGAUCACUAUAAUCCACCAUUUGCGUUACACGAGACUCUUAAUCUUUCAGCAUCAAACACUUGCUAGUUGUCUUACAGUCACCCAUAAUCAAAAUUCAAAGAAAAUUGACAAUGCAAACUGUGAAAUCAUAAAAAACAGUGUUUCGUCUUAAUCAAUAAUGAUUAUGUUAUUCAAGUAUCUAUCCAUUAACUGUGUUAAUUUUGAUCAAAACAUUUGCAAAAGUGUUAUUAAUAUGAUUUUUCGAUGAGUAAACUUGUAGAGCAUUAGUGUAAUGUUAUAUGCAUUUUGAUUCAAUGACGAAAAUAUCCAAGGUCAUAUUUUUUGGUGAACUUUAGUAUGUAAUUAAAGCCCUGAAUUGAAAAAUAUAUUAAUGGAAGUGUCAGUGACAAGGGAUUAAUGGCCGCUAAUAAUUGUUUAUAUGGCUUUAUGGGGUCAAAAUUUAAUGACCUGGGCCGUGUUAAAUCAGUUGGCCGCUUGAUGCAUGUACUUUAAAAUGAAAUCGUUCGGAGGGGGUGGGAGAAGGGGGGGUGUG